AUGCAGUAUCUUCAUCCAAUCGACCAUGCUAUCCAGACAAUCAAUUUCCGGCUCAGUGAAAAAAUUAAAGAAAGCAGUCGAUGUGAAUAUGUUACAUAUCAGAUCGCGGUCCUUCUCUGCGCAUUUGCUUCGUUCCAUAAAAAGUCUUUCAUCGAGCUGAGCUUCGUCAGUUUGUUGGGCUUUUUUGCCAACAUGCUUUCGACUGAUCUUGGAAUUGCUGUUUUACCGGUUCCAUUCCUAUUCUCAAAUUUUGGACAAUAUGAUCUGUUUUUUGGCUCGAUACUGCAGUCUGCAAUUAGCGCUGUUAUACUGAGUUGGAGUAUACAAAAGAAAACGUGGCUUUCAAAAUUACCCGGCCUUCCCAGCUGGACAUUGGCAAUAGCGAUUGUUUUGAACACGUGGAUACAUAUGCUAGGCCGUCUUCAAUAUUCAGAUGGCCCUGCAGUUUCACUGGCCAACCUUGCAAUGAUUCUGAUCCAAUAUACACUUUGUUUGUCGUUCAUGUCUAGAGAAUCGGGUAGCUCAUUUAAAGUCAACGAGCUUAUCAUUUCUACAGAGCUCAUCAUCGCUGGAUACACAUGGUGCAUAUCGACAUUCAAUCAUUGGACAGAUGCGCUUAUUUACGAACAGUUCGCUUGUCUUUUUUUUUUUGCCUCCUGGGUCCUUAUUUGGAGUUUGCAUAUAGACUUUUCAAGACAUCAUACCCAGAUCAGACACGUGAUCAUCUUAUUAUGCCAAUGUGUUACUAUGCUUAUUUGUGUCCCGUCAAAGAAGUUUCAGGUGUCUUAUGACAUGGAAAGCACGGUUUUAGCUAAAAUGUUUCUCACUGGAUACCAACUCGUUGUAAGUGAAUUCGUUGACUGGUGGCUGGUGAAGUACUACGUGGCGAUAUCAAUCGUUUUUGUGUUAUCGGCUACGUGCUUUGUGUACCUGAAUCUGCACAAGUCGGUUAACAGGUCUAUACAAAGAAAAAGUUUUCAUUUUUUGGCACUUCUUCUGUUUGUACCUGGAAUGCUUCGUUGUCCUUACUUUCUGAAGUUUGGGUUCAUGAUCGCCCUUAUUUUGUUUAAUUUAGAGGAACACAUGAGGUGGAAGAACUUCAUAUACGGAAGACCGCGCCAAAUCAUAGACUCGUUUUUGCUACACGUCAUCAAUUCUCAAACGGAAGUGGGUCCGAUUCUUACAUCGCAUACAUAUUUGCUCUUGGGCUGCGGUGUUUCGCUAUUGAUAAACAGAGAUUUAGAACGUGUGCCCUAUGAAGACAUGCUGGGGCCGUUGUUGCUGCUCGGAAUUGGAGAUUCGUUUUCAUCUAUCGUGGGACAGAAACUGGGUAGACAUAGGUGGCCGAAGACGAACAAGACGGUGGAGGGGACGAUAUCGGGGAUUGCAUCUACUUUCGUGGGGUUUUAUGCAUUAGCUUGGUACAAGGGCUUGGCUCUUCAAUGCGUAUAUAAAUUUUUUGUAGCGACAGUGUUUUCUUUCCUAAUCGAGGCCUUCACAGAAGGUAUUGACAAUCUCGUACUACCGAUCAUGUUCGAGUGCAUUUACAAAUCCAACCUGCUCUGUUAG